GUGUUAAGACUAACGUGGUACAAAAGGUAGCAGAAGCUACUGAUGACCCUCCAGCCUGACAGCAGCGUUUUCCUCUGAUCGCUAUCAAGAAACGGUUCACGACUCAAAACUUCAGCAUGAUGUCUCGGGACCGAAACAACAAACAGCUGUAAAUCCUCUUUGUCCCGAAAUGCCUAAUGAUCUAAUGUGUCCUAAGGCGAGUGAAACGCAGCAUUCAGGAGGAGUUUGUCGACGCAGGCCACUUUUUUUUUUUUUUUUUGGCCGCAUUUGUGCUGCUGAGAAAGUCCAGAGGCGAACAGAUGUUGAAGAGUUGCAUGAUCUUCUCAACAUCCCAUAAUGCUCAGAGUUCCAAGAAACGCAGCGGACUGAAGUGUCCCUCUGGCUUUUAAAAAUGACGGCCUUCAGAGCUUCAUGCUCUCAUUCUUUCACAGGAGGACACGUGACCUCGUUAUUAAGACUAACUUCAGACAGAAUGCUUCUGUCUGUUUUGUUAUAAAACCCUUCAGCUGUGUUUAAUCUCUACUGUCAUAGCACAUUACACUGCUACCUGUGCUGUCACUCUGGGCACAUCUGUAACUUUAUCAUACACAGCGACUGUGAAACACACAGAAGGACACAGCACUGCUGACUAGAACUAAACCAAACAACAUCCAUUUUUUUGGUUAAGCAUCGCUGCACACUUCAUUUCUUUAUGCUCCCUUUUUCACAGCCAUGCUCUCUUUCAGCUUAUAACAACAACAUGAUAAAUACUGACAGUGAACGAGAUUUCUGAGAACAACUUUUCAUUAAAAUCUCUUUCACUGUCAGUGUAUGGAUUUGAAAUUUUUCAUGAUAUAACCUAGUCUAAAAUUAGGUCAUGAAAAUUUCAAAUCCAUGCGCUCCUAGUCUGCGUUACGGGUGAGCAUUUUGCCAAGCGUAUCACAUCACGUUCGGCCCUUGUCAAAGUCGCUCACGUCCUUACACUUGCCCAUUUUUCCUGCGUCCAACACAUCAACUUCGAGAACUGACUGUUCAGUUGCUGCCUAAUACUGUAUAUCCCAGCCCUUAACAGGUGCUAUUGUAACGAGAUAAUCAACAUUAUUCACUUCCUGUCAGUGGGUUUAAUGUUAUGACUGAUCAGUGUGUAGUGUUGUGUAUAAUAUUGUUCAGCUCUAAUCUGUACACUCAGGAUCGAUCAUCCUUAAUAAAAAGGUGUCCAUUAAUACAGGUAAACUUAUUGUACUGGUAUUUUAUAUUUAAUGCAAUAUUGUGAUAUGAUAAUAAACCACAAUCCAAAGUGGUUUUACAUUAUGGCGAUGUAAAAUGGAAUUAUGGCACAACUUGCGUCUGUGUCUGUUUAUUGUCAGAGAGCUUUAUAUAGUACACGUGGAUGAGACAAUGCAGAGUAAUAAAGGCUUUAUGAAGUCACGUAACAGUGUUAGAGUUGUUAGUCUGAUCAGAAAUCAACACAAAGAGCUGUCAGAGCUGAAGAAUAAACAGCUUUUAGUCCUAGUCAGUCCUGAUCGGAGUGAUUUUCCUGUUCCUUGUAAACACACCUAAAACCUGUAUAUGUGUGUGUGUGUGUGUGUGUGUGUGCGCAAGGAUAUCUGGAUGCUCUGGUACUUUAUAGUCAGACACACACACGGAGCUGAGUGAGCUAUGAGCGCAGAGAGAUGUUUCCACAGGUUUUUUUUUUCCCCCCGAAAUCAUUCUCCCUGGACGUAAUCCUCACGCAGAUGACAUGACGAUGCUGAGUUCCUGUGGGCCGUGGAAACGGCGUGCGAGCUCGUAUUGGACAGUUGCAGAACGAAAAGGCAGCACGAAGCCGAACGCUCUCAGAUAGUGUGUCUGUUCGUCCUCGUCCUCGUCCUCGUCCACCUCCAGUCAGAAUGGCAUCUCUACAGCCACGGUUCCUCACUCUUCCCCUCAUCUUCAUCAUCAUCAUCAUCAGCAGCGGUCACGCUAACGCCGUCCCCCGUGUCACAUUUCCUCUCGAGAGCCCUGGUCGACCUUUUACGCUCUUCACUCUUCCUGAUGUUUAUAACACCACCACACUCCUGCUGAGCGACGAUGAGGAGACACUGUUCGUGGGAGCGAGAGACGCCGUUCUCUCCCUCAAUAUUAGCAAGGCAGGAAGCCUGCAGCUCAGCAAGAAGAUCGACUGGUCACCCACGGAGAACGAUCUGAGAGACUGCACCAUGAAGGGCACGACUGAGACGGACUGUCCAAACUUUGUGCGAGUGCUGCAGGUUCUGAACUCCACACACAUGUUCGCGUGUGGAACGUUUGCCUUCAGUCCUCGCUGCAGCUACAUCAGCUCUGAGCAGUUCUCUCUGGCCGCGAGUCCCAGCGGUAAAACCGAGGAGGGCCGAGGUCGCUGCCCUUACAACCCCUACCACAAAAACACAGCCAUUACUGUGGGUGGAGAACUGUACACCGCCACAGUAGCAGACUACAGAGGGAAUCGUCCCGUCAUCUCUCGUCACCUGAGUGAAGGUGACCAUGUGGAUAUGAAGCUGGACGAUACCGCGGGCUGGCUAGAAGAUCCCACCUUCAUCAGCUCCACGUACAUCCCGAGUGAGGAAAAGGUUUAUUUCUUCUUCAGCGAGAUGGGUCGAGAGUACGACUUCAUCGACAAGUUCACCGUGUCUCGCGUCGCUCAGGUUUGCACGAGCGAUGUAGGGGGACAGCGGACUCUGCAGCGACGAUGGACCACCUUCACUAAAGCGCAGCUUCUGUGUCAGGCCAGAGAUGAACUGCCCUAUAACGUCCUGCAGGACAUCACCACGCUGCGGCCAUCAGAGGGCGCCAGCGAGGACGACACGCUCUUCUACGGCAUCUUCAGCUCGCAGUGGUCCGUCAACUCCGGUCGCUCAGCGGUGUGUGUGUUCAGCCUCAGAGCCAUUAAAGCCGUGUUUGCCGGAAACUACAAAGUGCUGAACAGGGACACGCUGAAAUGGAGCUCACGCAUGCAGGAGAAGAUCGCUAAUCCUGGAGAGUGUGGUCUUCAUAACGCCUCAGAUAACGCGCUCCGCUUCGUCAAGGAGAACUUCCUGGCUGAUAAGAGCGUGUCUCCAGCCAAUCAAGGGCUGACGUUAGUGUCACCUGACCAGCGCUACAGCAACAUCGCGGCUCAGAGAGUGAAGGGAGCUCAUGGGAGAGAAUACACCGUCCUGUACCUGCUCACAGAAAGCGGCUACCUGCACAAAGCCGUGCUGUUGGAGGGCAGAGCUCACAUCAUCGAGGAGAUCCAGGUGUUGAGGCAGCCUCAGCGCGUCAAGAACCUCCUGCUCUCCGUCUCAAAGGGCGCAGUGUUAGUUGGCUCCUCAGAGGGAGUCGCCUCUGUUCCUGUCUCGAACUGCUCACACUACUGGAGCUGUGGUGAGUGUGUGUUAGCCAGAGAUCCUUUCUGUGCCUGGGACCCAACACGGCGAGUGUGUGCUCGCGUCUCCUCUAUCAAAGACCAGGCUGGUCAGGAUGUAGAUGGAGGAAACGUGUCGAAAGUGUGUAACACCUUCACCACGCUGGUUCCCAGAGGACGUGGUUCCAUCGUGACCGGUGCUCCCCCCAGGGUGCUGGUUUCGGUGUUUCUGAAAGAGGUGGUGCGUCUUCGGUGCGUUCUGUCGUCACAGCUGGCGCAGCUGCGCUGGGAGCGACCCGGAGGUGAGCUCUCACCAGACAUCUACAUGCAGGAGGAUCGCGGCAACCUCAGCUUCCUGGCCACGCCCACAACGCUGGGCACCUACACGUGUCAGGCCGUAGAGAACGGCUUCACCCAGACGCUUGUCGUUUACGAGGUCCGACAGAAGGAUGACUUCACCCUUCGGCCCACCUCCAAGUCCCCCACCCGCAUCCCUGAGCCUGGAAGAGAGACCACGACUCGGCCGAAGAUCGAGACGACGCCUAACGCUAUAGAGAAGAAACCCACAAUGGAGAAAACGCAGAAGCCAACUCUGAGCGCUACCGUGAGCCCCGUCAGCCCGAACGCCACUCACGCUCCUGCUGAUGGCUCGACCAACAUGCCGCAGCUGGAGACCAGGACGAGCUACCUGAAGGAGCUGGUGGCUGUCUCGGUGCUGUUAGUGAUUUGUAUUUGUGCGUUGCUCUUGGUGGCGGCGUACAGUCUGAGGAAGAGCUAUCGCAGCAGGACGGUGCCGCGUUUACCCUCGUUACACAGAGACCCAGGAACGACAGAGGGAGGUACACAUCAGGAGAGGGAGGCACUAAGGGGGAAUUCACCUCAACUGGAUAAACACAACGGCCAGAAAUCUCCAAACACGCCAAGCAACGGCGUAUCAAACGGCUCCAACGGCCACCUACCCAACAUUCCUAUCUGAGCACCAAACGCAGAACUUUUACUGCCUUUACUGACAAAUCAGAGCUAUAGCCUUUUAUGUCACCUGCUUCUGAGCCGGUACAGAGCUACUCCAGUCUGCUUCUGUCAUGUUUCUUAACAGCGUAAUGAUUCUCUCAUCAGCUCAAGAGCGAAAUGUAGUUCAGACUAGAGGUGGAAUACUAUGAAAAAUUUAGGGAUUCAAGGGUUUCAUCAGAAGAACGAAACAAAACGUAAGCUGGAAGCGAAUGAUAUCUGAAGAUCGCGAGUUCGAAUCCUGACCAUGCCACAGCCAUCCCUGGUUCAUAUUAAUGCUCUCGUUCCAACACGUUAACGUUUCUAUAGUAACAACUUACACAACGCCUUGUACGGCUGAUGCUCCACAUAAUCUAAUACUAACAAAGGGUUUUGUUUUUUCUUCAAAUUGGCGUUAUUUAAUAACGAAAGCAUAUAAACGUCGCUCUGGUGAAGCUUUCUGUAAGGAGAUGUUUAUUUAACGUUUAUGAAAGAAGACUUGAGUCGGUGUCAGUGCUUUAAGAUAAAUCUGGAAUUUUACAUUUUUCACCGUGAGGGAAGUCUUCAGGACGGACGAGUUUGAGCUUUGCAGUUUCUCAGUAAUGUUUUUAGCUUUAAGAGUGAGAAAUGUGAGCCUGGUGAAGGAACGAGUCUUUAUAGCUGCUAUAAUGUAAUUGAUAACAGGAACUAACUUUUUGCGGACAUUCCACAACGUCAAACAUAACUAUAAACGGAUAAAAAAAAGUGUGUUGAGCCGCAUCACAGCAGCAGUAGUUGUUUUUUUCCUAUAACGGUACAUCCUGUGGUGUUGAUUCCUAUUUUUUCUUAUCAGUUCAGGAAUAUUAUGUUUGGAAACUUUUGCUCAGAACAAACUGUUUUUGUUUGUUUAAAGUUUCUUCUCAUUUUUAAUGGCUGGUUUUUGGUACGUCGCAGCUUGACUGUUGUCUGGUUGUGAUGUAGCUACUCUGCUAGUCUCUGCUCCUUUCAGCACCUUUAGGGGAAAAAAAAUGUACAAGCAAUACUGCUCUGAAAACAUGAACGAGGAUGUAAAAUGCCUCCAAAUGCAGUUUCUAUCCCAGUCGCACAGGAUGAGCGAGCAGGCAAGAGAAAGGAUUCAGAAAAAUCCAUGAAAAAUGCCAAUUUUAAGUAUUUAAGUAAAUUAUUUAGUGGAGGUUUAAAAGUGGACUUGUUAAGAGGAUUGCGCUGAGCUUUCACUAUUUCACCCAAAUGAUCUACAUUUUCUUAGAAAGUGGCCUGCUCUGUUUUUUAACGCUCUUGUAGCAUGUUUCAGGAGAAUUGUUCGUUGUCAUCGUCGUCUUUAGUAGCACAGCGAAUUUAUAACGCUGAAACUAUUCCUAUUUCAGCUAUUACGUUGCUAAUUAACGCUGAUUGAUCUCAUUUGUACUUAAGUUAAUCUGCACUUUCUUAUACUACGGUAAAGUUAUAGUAGUAGCUAGGUGAAAAGGACGGUCAUGUGGUACAUACUGAAGACGAGGAGCUCAUUAUUAAGCACGCAACCUCACGACUCGUAAGGAUCCGCACUUUUUCCUGUGAAUAUUUCUCUGCUCUGUACAAACAUGGCACAUAGUUCGAGUGAAUGUUUUACCGUGAAAUGCCGAUUUGCAAACACGAGACAUUGUGAAUAUUUCUCAAGGUACGCUUCUUUCGUACAAAGCCACUUCAGCUCGUAAAAAGCUCAAACACGCAAACUGACGAUCAGCUGAUUUUCAGUCUCACUUCCAGGAUUCAAGUGGAGUUGAAAAUGAAAUCUGAUAUUAUAGUUACUGCAGUAUUUUUUUUAAUAAUAAGUUGAUAAUAAACCUGUAGCUUAUAGACAAAGUGCUUUAUUUUUAUGUAAAGUGACUGCAGGUUCCUGUGCUGGAUUUAGAUUUCGCAGUAUUGGUUUUUAAUUAUUAUUAUUAUUAAAUUUUUUAUUUUUUUGUCAGUUUAACUAACAUCUAUCUGUAUAAAGUAAUGUAUCAUUAAUAUUGUGAUAAAAGCUCAGUACAUACAACACAAUCAGCAGAUUUAAAUCCUUUUUAUUUGCUUUUUUCUUUCUGGUCUGUGUUAAAUAGCUAAUAAAUAUGCUGCUGUUGGCACUUUGGUAGCAAACCUACAAGUAAAUAUUGUACACUGCCUCUCAGUGGUGUGACUGUCUCAACAUCGGGAGAUCGCGGAGAGUGUGAUUAAAGGUUUAUAUAUGUGGACUUAAGUUAAUCUGCACCUUUUUUUUAAAUACUUGAGCUGUAAAUGAAUCAAUACAGUGACAGAUUCUGGGCUGUGCGAUCCUUUUGGCGUGUAAGGGAAUAUGAACGUGUUUGAAAUAAGGGUACUGUUGAAUGUUUUUACGGCUAAUUCACCUUCUUCUAGUUAAACAGAAUGAUAACUGCCAGACCUUUUUAUCCUGGUUUAUGAUGCUAUCACAUUAUUUUACUGGUAAAGACUGAUAUGUUUACCUUGAGCUGUUUUUAUUGUGCAGCAUCUCAUGUGAUCACAAGUACGGAUGUGUGUUUAUACAUGACGAGAUGAUGAUGAUGAUGAUGAUGAUGCCUUCAGAUUUGUCCACUGUAAGGAGCUUUAAAGGACAAACCGUCAUUCUGAACGAGACAGACUUUAUCUCCGGAGCACCAGCACUGCCCUAACACACCGUCUCCCUGUGCAGCGUGGAAUAUGAAAUGUCCAUGGUGACAGUGUGCGAUUAUUUUUGUGGAAUAUUUUAUAACUGAGUAUUGGCACAUGCUUAGUUCUGUUAGUCUGAUCUGGAUCCUCACAUGUGGACUGUGAUUUGCCAAACUUUGUACUCAUGUGAAACUGGAGGCAUUUUAACAUAUAUAUAUAUAUAUAUAUAUAUACACACACACACACACACACACACACACACA